UCUGGUAGGUGUAGACAAUCAGACGGUUACUGUACUUCGGGCUGUGAUGAAGGAUAUUGGGGACCAGCAGGAUUAUGUGAUCAAACAUGUUCUAACUGUAAUCCAGGAGGAUGUGUAAUGAACUCUGGUCUAUGCAUUGCUAUUGGCUGUCGAACUGGUUGGUAUGGUACUACCUGUAAUUGUGGUAAAUGUAAUGAGGGGUAUUUUGGUGAUAAUUGUAACCAGAAUUGUAGCAUAAACUGUAAUGGCGGAUGUAAGAAAUCAUCAGGAAGUUGUUUCGAAUGUAAUGCUGGUUACUAUGGUGACUAUUGUAAACAGCAAUGUAAUGAUAAAUGUAUAAAUAAUGAAUGUUUACGAAAUGGUCAGUGUAGAUUUGGAUGUAUGAAUGGUAAAACUGGUUCUCAAUGUGAUGGUAAUUGUAGUAGUAAUUGUACUAUUUGUUUACAAACCGAUGGUAAUAUCUGUAAGGAAUGUAAACCAGGUCUUUAUGGUAUAUCUUGUGAUAAACUUUGUAAUAACACUUGUAAGAAAGUUAACUCUAAACCAACCUGUAAUAUUACUACCGGAGAAUGUACAACUGGAUGUGCUAAAGGAUUUCACGGUAAAUACUGUAGUCAGAAUUGUAGCCGUAACUGUUACAACCAACUAUGUAAUCAGACUACAGGUUUCUGUAAAGAUGGCUGUGUAGAUGGUAAACAUGGUAACAAUUGCUCAUUAGGUAUGUCUUUCGAGUUUUUUGUUUUUUUUUAUCACGAUUUACAAGGCCAAUGA